UUAAUUAAUCAUCAUUCCCAUCUUCUUCUUCUUCAAAUUUUUCUUUUUGAUUUUAAUUCUCAAGUGGGUUUUUCUUCCCCAUCAUAUCACAGGCCUUGCAUGGAGAAAACACACACAAAAUCUGCAUUAAGGAAGUUUGUGAAGGCUGGUUCACAGUCUGCUGUGUCAUGGAGUUCUAAUGCAAGAGGAAUGGCAAAAGAUCAUGAAGUGAGAGACCAAAAUCCAAAGGUUAAUAUGGUGAAGCCUGGAAGCCCAAAGCCUCCCGCAAAAGAAAACACGAAGCCACUAGACAUCAGACUCCAUACCCAGCAAAGAGCUGUCAAGCGUGCCAUGUUCAAUUAUUCGGUUGCAACUAAGCUUUAUGUCAUGGAAAUACAGAAGAAGCAAGUGGAAAAAUUGCAGAAGAUGAUAGAGGAGGAGGAGAUUCGAAUGCUGCGAAAGGAGAUGGUUCCAAAAGCUCAGUUGAUGCCUUUCUUUGACAGACCUUUUUUUCCACAAAGGUCAACACAACCUUUGACAAUUCCAAGAGAGCCUGGUUUCCGAAUGCUAAACGGCAAGUGUUGGAGCUGUGUCUGUGGUGACCAUCAACUAUAUGGAUUUUGCCAUGCUCAUGAAUAGAAGCCAUUAAAAAAUAAAAAUACAUGAGAAUUAAGUAGAAAAUCAGUUAUGACCAUCUGAUUUCAUAUGACGGGUAAUGAUGAUAUAUAUGUAAAAUCAUAGUAAA